AUGCGGGGAAGAAAAGCAACUACCGGUAACAAGUUGAAUGCGAGUCAUGAUAGUCGUACGAGCUGUCCACCAACUACUAGAAAGCGUAAAGAUUCUAACACUCGACUCCCACCUAUCCACCCAAACAAGAAUCGGGUUCCAACCAAACCACCAGCACCGGUGUCUCUUCAACAAAUCACUACUAAACUCCCACCGGCAGCUAAGAAACCGGCACCAACUCGUGGUCGUCCGUCAAACAAGCGACAAACAACCACUACUACUACGACUACAAUUACUUCCGUAUCAAAAUCUCCGCAGAUAUCAGAUACAACUACAACUACACUUCCGUCACUCCCAUCUGUGACUGGCCACGGAAUCUUCACUGGAGCUGCCGCCGCGGCUACCGCUGCAGCUAUUGGCACUGCAGCUAUCAAUAUGGAUGAUCUUAUUGGAACUGAUGAGCCGGAGAAUGUAGAUGAGCCAGUGGAAGUCGAGAAGCCACGUUCUCCAGUUCUCGAGACCCAGAAGACUUUUGACCGUAGCUCACCAACUCAACAAGCGGGUGAAGAGGUUCCAACUGAUAUCUUGGACAACUUGGCCGACGAAUCUGAGAAGGUUGCUGAGCAAGAGGAGCAAGAAUUCAUUCCCCGACAAAUUGUUUUGGAUAACACUCCAAUCAACCAUGGAGACUAUGAAGAUAGUGACUCCGAGCCGGAGUAUGCUGAGGAGGAUCGUGAGACUCCAGAAGCUCCAAACAUUGAGGAAGUCUUCAUCCGUCAGGAAAUUGGACAGGCCGCUGCAAGCCCAACCGAACCAUUGGCUGUUCAUAUUCACAGUGAAGCUGCCCACGUCUCACCACCAGUCUCUGAUAAUACUCAAGAAAGUCCAAAGGAGUUGAGCUACCAGCACGAUGAGCCAUCGCCAGUUCUUCCAAGCCCAGGGGAUGCUCCAAAGGAUGCACCAGAGGAAGCGCAUAGCCCAAUUCAAUCCGUUCGAUCUGGUCACAGAACUCCACCAACUCUGAUCUUCACUGAUCAAUCUACCGAAGAUGCACCAAAAAGCCCAGAGCACUUCGAGCAUCGCGAGGCUCAACAAAGUCCAGUGGUUGAUGUUCAUAGCACCCAUGUUGUUGAGCACUUUGAAUCUCAUGAUGCAACUCCACAAAGCCCAGUAUCUUCAGUUCAUGGUGGUGCUGCAGUGGAGCACGAAGAGGAAGUGGAAGUUCCACAGAGCCCAGUAUUGUCUGUGCAUAGUUCGCAUAAUUCGGAACAUCAUGAGACGGAACUCCAGAGCCCAGUCGCUUCUGAGCACCAAUCAGAGCCACAUGAGCCAGCUCCACAAAGCCCAGUUCUUUCGAUUCACAGCUCUCAUCACUCGGAACACCAGUCGGAGCAUGAAGAUAUUCAAUCUGCAUCAGAACAUCAUGAGCCAGCUCCACAGAGUCCAGUUUUGUCAAUUCAUAGCUCACAUCAUUCGGAGCACCAUGAACAAGUUCUUCAAAGUCCAGUUGCUUCUGAGCAUCACUCUGAGCAUCACGAGCCAGCUCCACAGAGCCCAGUCCUUUCUGUCCAUAGCUCUCAUCACACGGAACAUCACGACCAGUCACCUCCAGGCAGCCCAGCUGCCUCCGACAAAGAUGCCGUAGAAUUGUCGCCAUCGAUCUACAGUUCCCAAGCUUCCGAGCAAUCUGAGCAGCGUCAAGAUAGCCCAGUGGCUUCUGAGAGAAGCGCUCGCUCAGCACGUUCACCUACUUUUGAGUCGUCAGUCACAAUGCAGGAAUCUUAUGCUUCUGAGAAUGAUGCUCCAGUCGCCUCGGAACACGAUCAACAUGAAGCUACUCCUCGUGCUGAUGAACAUCAUCAUGAGCCAGCUCCGCACAGUCCUGUCGCUUCUGUAUUUGAGCGUGCUCCAUCAAUUCGCUCUCAAGGAUCUGAUGAUUUCGAGCAUGUUCAGGCAGAGAGCGCUCCAAAGAGCCCAGUGGCUUCCGAAGGGGCUCACUCUCCAGCUCCGCAAAGUCCACUUCAGGAAGUGAGAGCUCCAUCUGAGCAAGAAGUUCAUCAUCAAGAACCUGCACCACAGAGCCCAGCGCAAGAUGGAAUUUUUGAACGCGCUUCUUCAGUGCAUGGCUCUCACACUUCUGCUCCAAUGAGCCCAGCUGCUUCGGAAAAGGAGGUUCAUUUUCAGCGUGCACCUUCUACGGAAGGCUCACAUCAUCAUUAUUCAGAGCAGGAAGAGCCAGCUCCACAAAGUCCAGUUCUCUCGGUUCACAGCUCUCAUCAUUCGGAACAGCAUUCUGAACAUGUACAUGCUGACCACGAGGUUCCAAGAAGCCCAGUGCUAUCUGUUCAUUCUGAGCACCAAGAUCAUCAUGAACCAGCUCCACAAAGUCCAGUGCUUUCAGUGCACAGUUCACAUGCCUCUGAACAUGCAGCACCACAAAGCCCAGCUUCAUCCGAUCAUGUUUCCGAAGAGCAGUAUGAGAAAAUUGAGCACAUUGCUGAAGCUGCUCACCCAACAGAUCACAUUAAUCUCACUGAUAUCCCAAAGAGCCCAGUUCUCUCCAUGAACGACUCAUAUGCUCCAGAUCACUUGGAACUUGAAGCUAUUCCGCAUAGCCCAGCCGCUGCUCCAGAGCCAGAAUCCCACAGUCCAGAACCUUCUGAGAAGGACGCUCAGUUUGCUCCCCGAUCCCCAUCCGUUCAUACCAGUGACGCCGAGGAAGAUACGUUUGAAGUUCAACAUCACGCAGCGCUCACUCACACUUCUGCUCCAUCCCCACCAGUCAGAGCUCCCCAGAGCCCAACUGAAAUGGAUCUCUACAAUCCAUCGCGUGAAAACCAACCAAGCCCAGUGAUGUCUGAACCUGAUCUUCCAGCUGGAAUUCUAAUUGCAGAUCGUAUCGAUCUUGAAGCUUAUCACAACUCUCCAACAAAAGAAUCUACUAGUCCGGUGGUUGUGAACCCAGUUGAUCAUCCAAUGGAGGUCCAAAUCUCUGCUGAACAAGUUGCCGAACAACUUUCCACUCCGGAACAAAAGCAAAAUUUCGAAGAUAUCAUCAAUAAAUCUGCCGAUGAGGAAGCUUCACACUUGAUUCAAGAAGCGUUGACUGAAGCUCCAGCUAUCAUCGAUAUGGUGAAUACUUAUGAGGAGAAGGAGAAGUUCCCAGAGGCAUAUGAGCUCAAGUAUAAAAAUGAGGAUGAAGGACAUUCUCCAGUGGAUAACGCCAUGAUGACUUCUAUCUACCAACCUAGUUCUGACCACGAAGAUCACGAUUCAAACCAUGAAGAUCAUAAAGUAAUUGAAGAGCACAAACCAACUAUUGAAGUCAAGGAAUGGGAUGAGGGAGAUCAUCAUGUCAAGGAAUCAACCACUGUUUCUGACUUCACUGACGGCACCACUCAUAUGACAUUCCAAGAAAAAGUGACAAUUGUCUCUGAUAAUGGUCAUGAAGAUCAUUCAGAAAACUCGAAGGUGUCUCCUAAAUCAGAACAUGAUAACAUCUCGACUGACUCUCUUAUCAUCCACGAUGAUGUCCAACAUCAGAGCCAACCAUCUGAUUUUGAUAACCAGAUGACUCAAUCCAUCUACCAGCCACAUGAUGAGGAAACCGAGGAGAAGGAAUGGGAUGAUGGAAACAAGCAUGUUCAUGAAACAGUUACCAACUCGGAGUUCACCGAUGAAUCAGGAAAGCAUUAUAGUGAAACGGUCACUACCACCACCACUGUUAUCAAAUCAGGUGACGAUGACUUGAAGAACAACAAUGAUGAGGACGAUCAAGAUGGUGGAAGUGAUAAUGAUGACAAAGAUAAAAUUAUCGAGGAGGAGGAAGAACUUGGCUCAAAUGGAAAUCAUGUCCGUGAAACCAUCACUACCACUACUCGUACAGUAACUUCUGGUGGGAUCCCAGAAGGCGGAAUUCUUGUGGAUGAUGGAGACGAGACAAACAUUUCCUCCCUCUAA